AUGGCGGCCGAGUUGGAGUACGAGUCUGUUCUGUGUGUGAAGCCCAAUGUCAGCGUCUACCCGAUUCUGUCCCAGGCCUCCAACCGUGGUUACAGGGCAUCUGACUGGAAAUUAGAUCAAUCUGAUUGCACUGGUCGCCUCCAAAUCACUUCAAAAGGGAAGAUUGCUUAUAUCAAACUCGAGGAUAAAGUUUCAGGGGAGCUCUUUCCUCAGGCACCAGUAGAACAAUAUCCUGGUAUUGCUGUGGAGACAGUGACAGAUUCCAGCUGCUACUUUGUAAUCCGGAUCCAGGAUGGUACUGGGCAUAGUGCUUUCAUUGGCAUUGGCUUCUCACAUUGGGGUGAUGCCUUCGACUUUAAUGUCUCUUUGCAAGAUCACUUCAAGUGGGUAAAGCAGGAAUCUGAGAUUUCCAAAGAAUCUCAGGAAAUGGAUAAUCCUCCCAAGUUGGAUCUGGGCUUCAAGGAAGGGCAGACCAUCAAGUAGAGUGCUUCUAAGUCCAAGACUACAGGAGCUGGGGGGCUAAGCUUAUUCCCACCCCUGCCUGGAGGCAGAGUCACAAUUCCUCCACCGUCCUCCUCAGUUGCCAUCAGCAAUCAUGUCAAUCCACCGUCCAUACCAAAAUCCAAUCAUGGAGGUAGUGAUGCAGAUAUCCUUUUAUAUUUGGAUUCUCCUGCUCCUAUAACGACACCAGCACCAUCUCCAGUUUCUGCAAGCAAUGACUUGUGGGGAGAAUUUAGCACUGCAUCCAGCUCUGUUCCAAACCAGGCACUACAGCCAUCCAACUGGGUCUAGUUCUGAAG